UAUAAAAAGCCUCUAUGGAAAAACAUAUAUAUAUCUCACUAUCGAAAAAGACUAUAUUCUUAAAUUUUCGGUAUUAGAGAUUAAUAUCGGCGGAACAAUAUAAGCGAGAAGAUAAAAACGUUUCUCGAUUCGCUUUCCGGAGUUUGCGCAUUUCGCACGCUCUCGGGAUGGAGAUCCUGCGAGAUCGCUCGAAGGAUUAUCAGUCCUGAUCCACCGUUCUCGGACAUCACAGUUCAUCCUGCGAAAACACAAGAGCGACAUUCGAAAAGAGAAAGAACGAGUAUAUCAAUUUCAAUUGUUGUAAAAAAUUAUAAUAUCAAACACGCGACUUAGCAAAAAUUCAACAACCGACAAAGAAGUUCAGCGUGUUUCUUCGGUGUACAGCUUUGUAGAGAAAUUUAACGAAGAUCUUAUCGCGUUGACGAUGACGGUGUUUCUGUUUUUGCUGAUCGUUCUCGCGUGUGUCCAUCCGGGUUGGUCUCGGCGCGGUCUCACGAACGCCGGAAAUGAAGCGGUGCACACGGUUCCACUUGGAUCUGAAGCGACUUUUUACUGGAGAGUGGAUUUUGCAAACAAAUCGGUGAAUGUGGAGGUUCAUUUUGUCGGUAACGACAGCACUUGGUUCGCCAUCGGAUUUUCUGAUUACGGGGAACUAAAGCCGGCCGAUUAUUGCGUUUUGUGGUCUGAUUGGCGUCAACAAAUUCAGCUGCAAGAUUCGUGGUCGGAUAUCGAUGGGACGUUGCAUCUGGACGAUCAGCAGGAUUGCAAGAACUUCGCAUGGAAGAGACGCGGCAACGUGACGAAGUUUACGUUCGUUCGCAAAUUCGACACCUGCGACGAACACGAUUACAUUAUUGAGCGAGGUACCACGCAUCUCGUGUGGCUUCGCGGACGCGGACCCCUGUCCUCCCUGGCCGGUCUCAAGAUAACGGACGCGAAGACGUCGGGUAUGUCUCGCACGGAGUUGCUCAGAGUGUCUCACAAAAAGCCCGUGUUUCCCGCGAACGCCUGGCAGCUCGAUGUGCUCGCCCAUCGGGUUCAAGUGCCCAAAAGGGAGACCACCUACUGGUGUCGCGUGCAGAAAUUACCGUCGGCGUUACAGCGAAAACAUCACAUUCUGCAAUUCGGACCUUCCAUUCAGACGGGCAACGAGCAUCUCGUGCAUCACAUAGAAGUCUUUCACUGCGCCGGACCUCCGGAAUCAGAAAUGCCCAUGUACGACGGGCCGUGCGACAGCGUCGAUAGGCCUGAAAAAACACAGAUCUGCAAAAAGGUGAUGGCGGCGUGGGCGAUGGGUGCCGACGCGUUUGUGUACCCGAAGGAAGCUGGACUGUCCAUCGGCGGUCCUGAAUUCAAUCCGUACGUUAUGCUGGAGGUGCAUUACAACAAUCCCGAGCUGCACCAGGGCGUCAUCGACUCCUCCGGAAUUCGCUUCGUUCUCACGGAGACUCUGAGGGAGUACGACGCGGGUGUGAUCGAACUGGGUCUCGAGUACACGGACAAAAUGGCGAUUCCGCCGCGUCAGGAAGCCUUCAUGCUGUCCGGUCACUGUAUAACCGAGUGCACCGGAGUCGGAUUGCCCCAGAACGGCAUUCGCGUCUUCGCCUCGCAGCUGCACACGCAUCUGACCGGCAUCAAAGUUAUCACUCGCCACGUGAGAGACGGCGAGGAGAUAGCGUCGUUGAAUUACGACAACCAUUACUCCACUCAUUUUCAAGAGAUCAGACUGCUACCGAAACCGGUCACCAUUCUGCCCGGAGAUUCUCUGAUAACUACGUGCACUUACAACACAAUGAAGAGACACAACGUGACACUCGGCGGGUUUGCCAUAUCGGACGAAAUGUGCGUCAAUUACAUUCAUUACUACCCCAACGCGCGAUUGGAGGUAUGCAAAAGCGCCAUAAGCGACGAUGCCUUGCGAACGUACUUCCGUUACAUGCGGGAAUGGGAGAAUCAAGGAACCAACUCGGAAAAGAGCAUCUCGGCGAAUUAUAAGAGCAUCGAGUGGACCAAAGUCCGAGUCGAAGCGCUUCAUGAUCUUUACGAAGCCGCGCCUUUGGGAAUGCAAUGUAACGGCUCGGACGGCUCUCGUUUGCCCGGCUUGUGGGACAAUAUCGCGGCGACACCCGUUAGAUUGCCUCUGUCACCGCUGGCCCGAGAUUGUCUGGAACCUUCGCUCCGGCGCGAAAUAUUAGAUAAUAUGUAAGAUGUUAUCCGAGUCGUCGAUUGAUUGUUCCAUUGUGUAAAUACAUCCCGGGAACAAACAAGUAAUUAAAAUUCCAGAGCAUAUUAACACGUUACGUAAAUUGUCUUUCUCUCAAGUGCGGACGCGCAACGUCACGGUUGGCCGAAAAUAAAUCUUCGAAAUAAAAUUCAAUA